UAUAGAUUUAGAAUCAACUUGUAAAUUUGAUCUUAAUAUUAAGUUAUUUUACUUAUGUGCACUAGAUUUAUAUAUAUUUUAUUCUUUUAUAUCCCCAUCUGAGUUAUUAGAUCCGCCAAUCGGAUUGAUUUUUUUUAAAUGAAUAUAAAUGAAGAAUUUAUUUUUAUUGUAUAUCAUACUACCCAUAUGCUUGGUAGAAAGUAAUGACCCCAAAAUUUUAAACCUAGCUGCCAAAGAAUUCCCUGGUUUUCAUGUUACCGAAAUUCCUCAUCCUAAUUAUCGUCACUUACAAUUUGAAUUAUCAUCUGAAUCUAUGAUAACAGCAGUAGUUGAUAGUGGGUCUGAUAUCUGGAUAGCUGAAGAAUCUGAAAAAUCAUUUCUUUUUAGGGCACAUGUUUACGUUAAAAACAAAGUUGCUCAUCUGGUCGAGCUGAAAAUUUAUGUUUCAAAUAUCGAUAUAACUAAAUAUUAUGUAAGAGAAGACGGUGGUAAAUUCAAGCACACGAAUCAAGAUAUUUUCAAUGAUUUAAAACAGACAGAUGUUUACUUUUGUGGAGAUUUGAUUUUAGAUUUCGAACGUGGAUUUGGGUUUCAUUUUUUUAAGAAGGAAAAAAUUGUAGUAUUUGGUCAAGAUUUUAUAAAGUUUGUACCCAGUAUAGGACUAGAUGUAGUUAAACUUACCAAUGGGAAAGAUGUGAUAUGCGAUAGCUCCAAAAACAGAACUUUUUCUUACGCCAUUUACUUCUAUAGACCAGGCGUUGAUGAGAUGAUUAAAGUUGUAGUUGAGGAUGCUAAUAAAGAUCACGUAUAUUUUUACUUUCAAUUUUCUAAAAAUCGAUGGAUUAGAUCUGGUCCAGCAAUGUUGGAACAUUAUUAUAAAACUCCUCAACCAUCAGCAGUGGCUACAGGCUCCCUUUUACCUGUAACUAUUAAAGAUGAGAAAGCUGAAGACAAACUUGAAGUUUACGAAACCACACCUAAACCUGAAUCAUCAAAGUCUCUUGCUUUACCUUAUUCAGUUGACAAAUUUGAAGAUACGGGAGCUGUUGAACCUUUCACAAAGAAAAUAGUUUCCGAUCACCUUGUUUUGACACUUGAAACUGCACUUGAUGAUCCAAAUUUCGAUGCGUCAGAUACUACUUAUGCAAAUGGGCUUAUAUUUAGAUUUGUGUUACCUAAUGUUCAAAAUUUAAAAGAAAUACGUUGCAAUAGUUUUCAUUGCAAAGUCGACGGGGUUACUGAAGUAUCUUACGACUUAGUUAGUGCUUACCUUUAUAAAGAUGUCUUUCAUUUGAUAAAAAUAGUUCUUACAAAUAUAUAUGGUUCUACAGAGGAAGAUUAUAUCAGAGUUUGUGACAGUUCGUACAUUAAAAAAACACAAUACCAUUUGUAUACUGAUCGUUUGACUAAAGCGGAUCAUGACUCUCUAUCGGAUCCAGCAUUUCUUGCUAAAAGUGAAGGAGAUUUAUCAAUUCCCGACGAUUCAUCCGAAAGGCUUAUUGAAUUUGAUUUAGAGUCUGAUGAAGUCCAGUUCUUGAAAAUAACGAAAAUUGAUGAAGUAAAUAAAAACCCAUGUCGGAUAUAUAAACCUAACGACGGGUUCUUUAUCGGUAAAAUAAGUCACAAAAAGAAGGUGCUUUGGAGAGCAUAUUUGAAAAAUGAGAGAGCAACUAAGGGGACUUUGUACUUUUUAAAUGGUGAGCCUGGAUUUUUGAAUUUAAUUAUUCCAGGUUUACCUCGUCCCGAUAAUAAUAUAACCAUUGAUGUUAUAUCGGGUAAAAAGACACCAAAUCUUGUAAGCGGAGUGUUAAGUCGAGUAAUCAGGAAAUAUGAUUCUGAAUUUUGCAUUUGCUUUAAUCUUACAGAUCCCAUUGACUAUACUGCAUUUGAUAUUGAUAAGCAGCAACACAGAUGUUUUGUUUCUAGGAUUUUUAAAGCUGGAUCUCCGAUCGUUUCUGUUUAUCACCAUAAAGAAAAAGUUACACCAAAUAACAUCAUACCCUUUUAUGAUAUUAAAGUUUAUUAUUACCAAAGGGCUCCCAUAUCAUUUGUGACUGACCAUGCUUCAUAUCCCCGAGUUUUUAUUAACGCGGCAUCAGGCUGGAGAACAUCUAACCUAUCAUCUCUGGAGAGUGACUUAGAUGAUAUUAAAGGUUAUUUGGAUGGUCCUCAUAUGAGAAGUUCUCUUUCUCUUUAUCUUUCUUAUGAAGAUUAUGAUCCUACUGAUUUCGAAGUUGAGGUUACGAUAAGGAGUCAGAUAAUUUCAAAGACUUUCAUGCCAACUUUUAAAAACCUCAUCACGCUGAUAACUUGCAACGAUGCACAUGUUUAUGGCUCUGAUAGUUUAAAAUCUUCAGGUGUUAGGUUUUACCUUAAAAACGAGAAACCUUACAAAGCUGAGGUGCACAAAUUUAUUAGGGAGGGAGUGCAUAAAUUAAUAUUUAAAGUUUAUGAUGAGACAGGCGACAAACCAAAGUGGAAAGACAUCGACGAAGAUGAUUUUACCCGUCUUUAGUCUCUCAUCUCCUGUAUUAUAUUAUUCUACCUUUUCUAAACCCGAAAGUGUAAACUAACUUUACGAAAUAAUAUUUCUUGUAUUGCACAU